GAAGUGUGAGGGGUGUUUCCAGCUGAUCUAACAACAGAAGACCCAGAGGCUCCCUCGGCAGACCGACCUGCCCGCGCUGUUCUGGGGCAACACAGCAAAACGCGCCGGUCCCGACCUCCGGCGUUUCCGCAGCGCCACGUUGAGUCAGAAGAGCCGGGGAAGGAAUCCUCGGCGCUGCGCCUUUAGCCGCCAGUUAGCAGCCGUGAACCGGUGCCUUCGGUCGCUGUUAGCCCGGACUGUCAUGAUCCCAGCUCGGAGAUGGCGUCCUUCCCCGGUUUGUGUAAGGCUGUUGGGCCCGCGGAGGAGGAGAACGGAGAGCUGGACGGCUCCCUGCAGCAGAUGCUGAAGGCCAUAGCCGACGAGAGGAGCCGACUGAACAGCCGACAGGAGAUCAGCGGACUCGGCUGCUUUAAGGAUGAUCGCAUCGUUUUCUGGACCUGGAUGUUCUCUACAUACUUCAUGGAGAAGUGGGCACCUCGCCAGGACGACAUGCUGUUCUACGUCCGCAGGAAGCUCGCCUACGUCAGCACAGACAACAGCGAAGGCAAAAAGGUGGAGGUGGAGGUCUACAGGAGGGACUCCAAGAAGCUGCCUGGCCUCGGAGACCCCGACAUCGACUGGGAGGAGAGUGUCUACCUGAAUCUUAUCCUUCAGAAGCUGGACUACGUGGUCACCUGCGCCGUCUGCACACGCUCAGACGCUGGAGACAUCCACAUCCACAAGAAGAAAUGUCAGGAAGUGUUUGCGUCUCCCAGUAAACAUGCCAUGGACAGCAAAGGAGAGGAGUCCAAGAUGAGCUACCCCAACAUCUUCUUCAUGAUCGACAACUUCGAGGAGGUGUUCAGAGACAUGACCGUGGGUGAAGGCGAGAUGGUCUGCGUGGAACUAGUGGCGAGCGACAAGAGCAACACCUUCCAGGGUGUCAUCUUCCAGGGCUCCAUCCGCUAUGAGGCGCUCAAGAAAGUGUAUGACAACCGGGUGAGCGUCGCUGCUAAGAUGGCCCAGCGAAUGUCUUUUGGCUUCUACAAAUACAACAACAUGGAGUUUGUGAGGAUGAAGGGACCGCAGGGGAAAGGUCACGCCGAGAUGGCCGUCAGCAGGGUGCCGACAGGCGACACCUCACCCUGCAACACCGAGGAGGACCAGGUGUCCCCCAUGCACGAAAGGGUGACGUCGUUCAGCACACCUCCGACCCCGGAGAGGAACCGUCCGUCCUUCUUCUCGCCAUCUCUAAGAAGAAAAAUGCCCCGAAACCGGAUCGCAGAGAUGAAGAAGUCUCACUCUGCCAAUGACAGUGAGGAGUUCUUCAGGGAGGAGGAAGAUGAAGAUCUUCACACCGCCACCAACCUUCGCUCGCGCUCUUUGUCGGGAACCGGGCGCUCGCUGGUCGGAUCGUGGCUGAAACUGAACCGGGCCGAGGAUUACUUCCUGCUCUACUCACACCUGACCUACGUCACGCUGCCGCUGCACCGCAUCACCACAGACAUCCUGGAGGUGAGGCAGAAGCCCAUCCUGAUGACAUAGCAGAGCCAGACGCCCUCAGAGCAUCACUACCAAGUGCCUCCUGCAUCAGGCCACCCACACAUCAGCAGCGCCCCCCGGAGUCCGGACGGAGACCUGCAACCAAACACCCGCUUCACCCGGAGACGCUCCGCAGAUAAACCAGCCAUCCGAGAAGUGCCUCCUCUUCUGCCCAGUUCCUGCUCGUCUCCACGGAAACAGGCCAGGCAUCAGGAUCACAUGACCUCAGCAUGAGAAGGCACUGGCUGAACUCUGACCAGGAAGGAGAGCGAAGUGAAGAAUGUGUGUGUUCUUGUAAAUAUUCCUGCUGCUUUACUCACUGAGACGCCUUGACUGAAGGUUGUGCUUUUAUUGACACGUCGUGGACUUCUUGUUUUUUUACACUUUGUUCGGGGAAAGGGACACGUGUUGGACUCGGACGUUGGAGCACGACAAACGGACGACAAACAGAGUUCACCUUUUCUGCUCACUAAAACACAAAACUAACAUCCACACUUUAACAUAGUUGUUAAAAACUUAAGAUUUGGAUAAAAUCUGACUCAAUCUGGAAUUUAAAUGGAAUAAAAAAAAUCUAAUUAUGACUGUCAUUUUAAAACUGUUAAUUUUUUUUUUUUACAAAACAGACAAAUUGAUGGAAAAAUAUAAAAUUUUCUGAACUUCAGACUGAAUUCUGCAGUAAAAAAUAUUAAUAUUUAAAUAUUAAAUUAAAAUGUAAUUAAUGUAAAAAAAAUUGUUAUUUCACAUAAUUAAAAUUCUGACAGAAACUUUGAAAAGUUGAGAAAAGGUCAGAAAACAAAAAGGAUUCAUAAAGAACUUAAUCCUGUGGGAAAUAUGUUGUUUGGUAUUUAAAUAUUUACUUUAUUAAAUAGAAUUAAACUUGUCUGAUUGGUUCGUUUUCA